CCGUUUUCCGGUUUGGUCACUUGACGUUCGACAUCUAGCGUAUUCUGUCCGACUUGUCAGAUGUUUUUUUUUGCUGGAUAUAUAACAUUUGUUGAGUCUAAAUAUUAAUGAGGAUACGGUUUUUGAUAAAUCAAAUUUUAUUGUUGUUCUUAUAAUCAUUUAGGGGGGCUUAGGAACAUUUUGGGGUAGCUUCAGCCCCCCUAAAACAGGCCUAACGACGUCCCUGACACAUACUGAAAAAAAUUUAUAUCUGGUAAUGCACUAUGAAUCUCUUUGGAUAAAAUGCAUUUAUGUAAAACAUGUGUUGUUUCACAGCGGUAUAAUGAUGUUUGAUCAUGUAAUGAUGUUUUGGUCAAGGCUACAAAUGAGGUUUGUUAAAAAUAGCUGUUCAGGAAACAUGUGCAUUUGUUAGUGUGUACACUAUGUGGUUUAGUUGCCACUUGUGUGCUUGUUUUGACAUCCUCAGGCAAACAGACAAGAGGUCUUGUCAAAGGUUCAUGCUGUCUAUAUUCACAGUUAUUCAUUCACAGUUAUUCAGUGUUACUUUGUAUUAAUAUUCUUCUGUGAGUUUUUACCACAUGAUUAUAUAGCAGCUGUGAGAUCAAGGCAAAACAUACAAAUAUAACACAUAGGAUUUUUGUAGUUGGUAUUUAACACUGCAAGAAAAUAAAGCUUAAAAAACGCAGAUAAGAUAUUUGGCUCAUUAUAGUUUUAAAGAUGUUGUAAAGUUUUAAAACUAAUAUAAGUUGUUUUGUGACAAUUUAUUAAUCAGUUUAUUAUAUUGUAUUUAGUUUGUUAAAAAUUCUAAUCUCACGAAAAACAUCAUCCUGAAUAGAUACAGCCGAGAAAACAACAACUGAGAGAAUAGUAUGGCUACUAUAAAAACAAGUGGUGGAAACUAUAAAAACUAAUUGCAACAGGAAGUAACACAGAUUGUAAAUAUAGAAAUAAAGGAACUAAAUGCAAAUGCAAAAGAUUAUAAACAUUGUAACUAAACUGAAAGAGCAAAGAAUAUCUCGAUGGGUGAGAACCAAAACAGGAUAGCAUUGACACAGUGUUAUAUUGUUUGCCGUAAGAGAUCAGAGAUGUCUGAGAUUAUUGAUGAUAAUGUGAUCAGAUCUGAGACUCUGGAAAUGGACAGAGGAGAGAGAGAGGAGAGGAUGGUGGACAUCUAUGAAAGUUUAGAUGCUGUAAGAAAUGAUGAAGUGAUGAUAAACACAGAGAUGAUGAGUACAGAGAGACAGCAAGAGCUUCAACAUACAGGAAGAGUCUCAGUGAAGAACAGAAGACACAGAUCAGUUCAAGUGUGUUUGUGUUUACUGUCUGUUCUUCUGUUCACUGCUGUAAUAGUCAUCUAUGUCUAUUUCAACAAUGAAAGAAACCAACUACUAACACACAACUAUAACUUGACUAAAGAAAGAGACGAGUUACUAACACGGAACUAUAACUUGACUAAGGAAAAUGAAACAUACAGCAGUUUAUUACUAAACCAGAGCAGAAUCUUGACUGAAGAAAGUGAAAAAAUCAGAAACAAAAGUGAUGAACUCCAAGAUGCAUUAAAAGAUCGGUGCGCUGAUAGCUUAACAUGGAUUCACUACAACUUCAGUUACAUUUCAUCUGAUUUUAAGAACUGGAGUGACAGCAGACGAGACUGUGAAGAGAAAGGAGCAAAUCUGGUGAUCAUAAACAACAAAGAGGAACAAGAGUUUGUGCUGAAGGCUACAGCUGGUUUUAAUUUUUGGAUUGGUCUGAGUAAAGAGGGAGGUGUGUUGAAAUGGGUUGAUGGCACCACAUUGACAUUAAGGCCCUGGAUGAAAGGACACCCCAUAUCUAAUAAUCAUAGCUGUGCUGUAAUAACUACACCAGAGUGGGCUGAUCAUACAUGUGAUAAGACACACAGAUGGAUCUGUGAGAAGAGAAUUAUGCAGUGAAAUAAACUCAAAUAAAUGAAGUAUUUGUCACAGCUAAA